UUCAGCUCUCGGCAUUCACCAUGAAUCUCAAGGUAGUCCUCGUGUUCCUGGCACUGUCCCUCAUUACCAUCUCUGCCCUGGCCUAUGUCUUGCUGACCAGCCAACGUAGCUCCAGCCGGCCUCCCCGCUGCCCCUCUGUAUCCUACAGUGCCCAGUCCUGGACACACCCUGGUCAGAGCCAGCUGUUUGCAGACCUGAGCCGAGAAGAGCUGACGGCUGUGAUGAGCUUUCUGACCCAGAAGCUGGGGCCAGGCCUGGUGGAUGCAGCUCAGGCCCACCCCUUCGACAACUGCGUCUUCUCAGUGGAGCUGCAGCUGCCCCCCAAGGCUGCAGCCCUGGCCCACCUGGACAGGGGGAGCCCCCCGCCUGCCCGGGAAGCACUGGCCAUUGUUUUCUUUGGUGGACAACCCCAGCCCAAUGUGACUGAGCUGCUGGUGGGGCCACUGCCGCACCCCUCCUACCUGCGGGAUGUGACUGUGGAGCGUCACGGGGGCCCCCUGCCCUAUCACCGACGCCCCGUGCUGGGAACUGAGUCUGCCCAGAUGUGGAAGCAUUUGAAAGAGGUGGAGCUCCCCAAGGCACCAGUCUUCCUGGCUUCUGUCUUCAACUACAGUGGCUCCACUUUGGCAGCUCUGCACGCCACCCCUCGUGGCUUGCGCUCAGGGGACCGUGCUACCUGGAUAGCCCUCUACCAUAACAUCUCAGGUGCUGGGAUUUUCCUUCACCCUGUGGGGCUCGAGCUACUGCUGGACCACAGGGCCUUGGACCCUGCCCGCUGGGCUGUCCAGCAGGUCUUCUACCUUGGGCACUACUAUGCAGACUUGGGUCAGCUGGAAUGGGAGUUUAAGGCUGGCCGGCUGGAAGCGGUUAGAGUUCCUCUACCCCUGCCAGAUGGGGCCUCAUCGCUGCGAUCGCGGGUCUCCCCAGGUCCUCUUCCCCCUCUUCAGUUCUCUCCUCAGGGCUCCCGGUACAGUGUGCAAGGGAACCUAGUGGCGUCCUCCCUCUGGACGUUUACCUUUGGCCAUGGGGUGUUCAGUGGCAUGAGGAUUUUUGAUGUUCGGUUCAAGGGUGAGCGAGUGGCCUAUGAAGUCAGUGUCCAGGAGUGUGUUUCUAUCUAUGGUGCCGAUUCACCCAAGACAAUGAUGACCCGAUACCUGGAUAGCAGCUAUGGACUUGGCCAUCACAGCCGGGGCUUGGUGCGGGGAGUGGACUGCCCCUAUCAGUCUACCAUGGUGGACAUCCACGUAUUAGUGGGCAAAGGGGCAGUCCAGCUGCUCCCGGGGGCUGUGUGUGUGUUUGAGGAGGCCCAGGGACUACCCCUCCGCAGGCACCACAAUCACCUUCAGAGUCAUUUCUAUGGUGGUUUGGCUGGCUCGGCCCUUGUAGUCAGGUCUGUGUCCUCUGUAGGCAACUAUGACUACAUUUGGGACUUUGUAUUGCACCCAAAUGGGGCGCUUGAAGGGCGGGUCCAUGCCACGGGCUACAUCAAUACAGCUUUCCUGAGCGGGGGCGAGGAGAGCCUCCUCUUUGGGAACCGCGUUGGGGAGAGAGUGCUGGGGGCGGUGCACACGCAUGCCUUCCACUUCAAGCUGGACCUGGAUGUGGCAGGGCUGAAAAACUGGGUGGUAGCUGAAGACGUGGUGUUUAAACCUGUGGCAGCCCCUUGGAGUCCGGAGCACCAACUGCAGCGCCCACAGCUGACUCGGCAGGUCCUGGGAAGGGAGGACCUGACAGCUUUUUUCUUGGGGAACCCCCUUCCCCGCUACCUUUACUUGGCUAGCAACCAGACUAAUUCCUGGGGUCACCAGCGCGGGUACCGAAUCCAGAUCCACAGCCCUCUUGGCAUACACAUGCCCCUGGACAGCGACAUGGAGAGGGCCCUCAGCUGGGGGAGAUACCAGCUUGUGGUGACCCGGAGGAAGGAGGAGGAGUCACAGAGCAGCAGCAUCUAUUACCAGAAUGACAUCUGGACACCCACUACAGCCUUUGCUGACUUCAUCAACAAUGAGACCCUGUUAGGAGAGGACCUGGUGGCUUGGGUUACAGCCAGCUUCCUGCACAUCCCUCACGCUGAGGAUGUCCCCAACACAGUGACUCUGGGGAACAGAGUUGGCUUCUUGCUCCGACCCUAUAACUUCUUUGAUGAGGACCCCUCCAUAUUCUCCCCUGGCAGCGUCUACUUUGAGAAGGGCCAGGAUGCUGGGCUCUGCAGUGUCAAUCAUGUGGCCUGCAUCCCCCACCUGGCGGCCUGUGUCCCGGACCUGCCGCCUUUCUCUUACCAAGACUUGUAGCCCUGAGUGUGUGGUGGGACAUGGGCGGGACGGAGAGGGGGUGCUGAGACAUGUACCUUCCUCUCUGUUCCCACUUCCUGCUCCCCUGACACUCGACCCUUGGGAAACUGCCUCCUACCACGUAAACCCCCAUAUAUCCUUUAGUUCUUAUUUCCAGUUCAUCUUUUUUAAAUGAUGAAUUUAUACAAAUGACGUUGAUAUUAAAAUACUCAAGCUAAAACACCACAAAUCCUACCACUCAGAAACAGCAUUCACAUUUGGUGAAUGUUAUACCAGACAUUUCUUUAAUGCAUGUGCAUUGAAGUGGAAGAAUAGAUAGAAUUUUGUAAAAACUGAUGGUGUGUAUAAUUUAUAAUAAAAAGUAUUA